AUGUACCAGGAUCAUCCCACUGGGACCAUCCCAAACAGUGGGACAUCCCAUUUAUAUGAUUUUUGGAAUGAUCCCAGAGACUCCAGUGAUGGUGUCACAAAGAUAAUUGAUGGCACAGUCUUUGCUAUCUGGGAUGUGGUAUAUCCUGAUACCACAUACCAGAUCAGUAUGAACUGUUUGGUUUAUCAUGUGCUUGGCCAGCGGGUUUACAAGUGGCAGAAUGGCCUCAGUUCUUUGGCGCAAGCCAUGCUGGAGCAUCUCUUUGAUUCUAUGCCUCACUUCAAGUCCCAAGAAGCUCGCCAGGUGUUCGCAAAAUCCAUGCUACAAGAUCUCGCUUUUUUGUAUGAGGUUGUCAAAUCAGAUAGUUUGACAUACUCCUCCCACCUGGAUGCAACCAUCGGCUCAGUUGAUGUCCCAGCACUAUGUGCAAGUAAUGCCACCAUCAACUCUUCCAAUAUUGCCAAAUACCCUCCAUAUGGUGCCUUGGCUUGAUCUGUAGUUGCGAUUAUAGGUUGAACGUGUAUUUACAAAGCAGAGCCAAGUCAUUCUGGUUGGUGCUGAGGAAAAUGAUGAAGAUGUGGUCUCAGACAAAGCGACAGGUAGUAGGCUGACCGGUAAAUCCUUCCUCAAGCCUGUCCCCCAGUUAAAUGCCUUCAGUGGGAAGGAAACAACUGCAUACAAUAAUUUUUCUAGCACAAAUUGGGGGUCAGCAGCCCGUAGUUAUGUAACAUCUAUCAAAUCACUCCAGCCAGCAAUGAUUGAAGACAUCCAUAGGAAGUCUCUCAAAUAUACCAAGGUCAAAGGGAAGCAUGUCUUAUUGGAGAGUGAUGCAGAGGACGUUGAUGUGUGCACAUGCAUCAGAGAUGUCUAGGGAAAAUCACGGUUUAUUGUUUCUCGCAUUUCAUUUCAAAGGACCGUAGUUACAUUUUAAUGCAAAUUUGGUAGUAUAUUUUUUUCAUAUCUUUUCUAUGUUCCCUCAUCCUCGCAGACCUUAUGUUUCUUAAUUUGUCUUGUC